UUUCAAUUGACCAAAUCCAGAUGGAAUAAAAUUAAAUGGAGGAGAUAUAGAAAACAUUAUUAUAUUUCUCAACAAUCGAGUACAAAAUCAAAUAGAUUUUUUGGAGUUCUGAAUCAUAUUUACAUAAGUACUUUAUAUUUCAAAGUUGGUAUGAAUUUAAGCUCUUUGGUGGUAUUUAACAGCCUUUCAUGGAUUUAAAAUUUUUGGAAGGUGAAAAAGAAAUUUUAAAACAAAAUAAUAAUAAAACUGGUUUAGUCUUAGCUACGAUUUCAGGUGGUGCAGCAGUUUUGAGUUCAAUACUUUGUUUUCCUUUUAUAUUACCUGCUUUAAGAAAAGUUUGUUUACCAUAUGUCCCUGCUACAUCCAAACAGAUCGAAAAUGUUUUACUUGCCCUUAGCGGAAAGAGUGGAAGUUUGGUGGAUAUUGGUAGUGGAGAUGGAAGAAUAGUUAUUGAAGCAGCGAAACAUGGUUUCAAAUCUGUUGGAGUAGAGCUCAACCCUUGGUUGGUAUUUUAUUCUAAAUUUAAUUCUUUGAGACUUGGAUUAUCUAAAGAUACUAAAUUUUAUUGUCAAGACUUGUGGAAGUUCCAACUUCAACCUUAUGAAAAUAUAGUUAUAUUUGGUGUUAAAGAAAUGAUGGAAGAUUUAACUGAAAAAUUCAAUAAUGAAUUAAAAGAAUCCACAGUUGUUGCUUGCCGUUUUCCAUUGCCUUCUAAAAGUCCUAUAAGGAUUAUAGGAACGGGAAUUGAUCGAGUAUGGGUGUAUCAUUUUAAUGGAAAAUAAUUAGGUGUUAUCAAUUAUAGUGAAUGUUAUUCUAAGUAUGUUAAUUUAUUGUUUUGUAAAUAUAAUUAUAUAAAUUAUAAUUUUAAAUAUAAUUAUUGUAUAAAUUAUAAUUAUUAUUAUAACAUAAAUAUAAAUUAUAAAAAUAAUAAUUAUAAUUAUUACAUAUAAUCAU